AUGGAUACUGACAAAGCCAGAGAGGAGAUUGUCACCUUCUGCCCUGGGGAAGGGGGAGCUGGAGGGUUCCGGGCUGAGAUUGGCCAAGAGGAUUUUUACUGCUCCAGCGCUGUCAAAACUGCAUACCCUUCAUCCGCAUUGACACCGAGGGCUUUUUCUAGAGCCUCUGGGUUUGAUCUGAGCUUAUGUAAUACUCCAGCCUUAAUGAUUUUGGACAGAACCUUGAUUGCUCGUAAUAGCCACUUGAAGAGUGGAAACCAUAUUUGUCCAGGAGGUCUCUUCCAGCUCAGGCAGAUUAAUAAAGCAGUUUCAACUACAGGCUCCCGAGAUGCAGUGAAAUCUGAGGGCAAGGCCCAGCUGAUGGGAGGAAGGGGAGGAGAAAGCCAGGGGGAGAUCAGCAGUGAACUGUGGCCCCCUCUUUCCCCAGCUGCAAACAGCCCAGCGGGCCUGGCCAGCAGCCCCGAGUGUGCUUGUGGUCGGAGCCACUUCACGUGUGCAGUGAGUGCCCUCGGUGAGUGUACCUGCAUCCCCGCCCAGUGGCAGUGUGAUGGAGACAACGACUGCGGGGACCACAGCGACGAGGAUGGAUGUAUGCUGCCCACCUGCUCCCCUCUUGACUUUCACUGUGACAAUGGCAAGUGCAUCCGCCGCUCCUGGGUAUGCGAUGGGGACAACGACUGUGAGGACGACUCAGACGAGCAGGACUGCCCCCCCCGGGAGUGUGAGGAGGAUGAGUUCCCCUGCCAGAAUGGCUACUGCAUCCGGAGCCUGUGGCACUGUGAUGGUGACAACGACUGUGGCGACAACAGCGAUGAGCAGUGUGACAUGCGCAAGUGCUCCGACAAGGAAUUCCGCUGCAGUGAUGGAAGCUGCAUUGCUGAGCACUGGUACUGUGAUGGUGAUACUGACUGCAAAGACGGCUCUGAUGAGGAGAGCUGUCCCUCAGCUGUGCCGGCGCCCCCCUGCAGCCUGGAGGAGUUUCAGUGCGCCUACGGCCGCUGCAUCCUGGAUAUCUACCACUGUGACGGUGACGAUGACUGCGGAGACUGGUCAGACGAGUCUGACUGCUCCUCCCACCAGCCCUGCCGCUCUGGAGAAUUCAUGUGUGACAGUGGCCUGUGCAUCAAUGCAGGCUGGCGCUGUGAUGGCGACGCAGACUGUGAUGACCAGUCUGAUGAGCGUAACUGCACCACCUCAAUGUGUACAGCGGAACAGUUUCGCUGUCGGUCAGGCCGCUGCGUCCGUCUGUCCUGGCGUUGUGACGGGGAGGAUGACUGUGCAGACAACAGUGAUGAAGAGAACUGUGAGAACACAGGAAGCCCCCAGUGUGCCUCGGACCAGUUCCUGUGUUGGAAUGGGCGCUGCAUUGGGCAGAGAAAGCUAUGCAAUGGGGUCAAUGACUGCGGUGACAACAGCGAUGAAAGCCCACAGCAGAACUGCCGGCCCCGGACGGGUGAGGAGAACUGCAAUGUUAACAACGGUGGCUGCACCCAGAAGUGCCAGAUGGUGCGGGGAGCAGUGCAGUGUACCUGCCACACAGGCUACCGGCUCACAGAAGACGGGCGCAUGUGCCAGGAUGUGAACGAAUGUGCUGAGGAGGGGUAUUGCAGCCAAGGCUGCACCAACAGUGAGGGGGCUUUCCAGUGCUGGUGUGAAGCAGGCUAUGAACUACGGCCCGACCGGCGCAGCUGCAAGGCUCUGGGGCCGGAGCCUGUGCUACUAUUCGCCAAUCGCAUCGACAUCCGGCAGGUGCUACCGCACCGCUCCGAGUACACGCUACUGCUCAACAAUCUGGAGAAUGCCAUCGCCCUUGACUUCCAUCACCGGCGUGAGCUGGUCUUCUGGUCAGACGUCACCCUGGACCGGAUCCUCCGGGCCAACCUCAAUGGCAGCAACGUGGAGGAGGUUGUGUCUACUGGGUUGGAGAGCCCAGGGGGCCUGGCUGUGGACUGGGUCCAUGACAAACUCUACUGGACAGACUCAGGGACCUCUAGGAUUGAGGUGGCCAACCUGGAUGGGGCCCACCGGAAGGUGCUCCUGUGGCAGAACCUUGAGAAGCCCCGGGCCAUUGCCCUGCACCCCAUGGAGGGUACCAUCUACUGGACAGACUGGGGCAAUACCCCCCGCAUUGAGGCCUCCAGCAUGGAUGGCUCUGGACGCCGCAUCAUUGCUGAUACUCAUCUCUUCUGGCCCAAUGGCCUCACCAUCGACUAUGCCGGGCACCGUAUGUACUGGGUGGAUGCUAAGCACCACGUCAUUGAGAGGGCCAAUCUGGAUGGGAGUCACCGCAAGGCUGUCAUUAGCCAGGGCCUCCCACAUCCUUUCGCCAUCACGGUGUUUGAAGACAGUCUGUACUGGACAGACUGGCACACCAAAAGCAUCAACAGUGCUAACAAAUUUACGGGCAAGAACCAGGAAAUCAUUCGCAACAAACUCCACUUCCCCAUGGACAUCCAUACCUUGCACCCCCAGCGUCAGCCUCCAGGGAAAAACCGCUGUGGGGACAACAAUGGAGGCUGCACCCACCUGUGUCUACCCAGUGGCCAGAACUACACCUGUGCCUGCCCCACUGGUUUCCGCAAGAUCAGCAGCCACGCCUGUGCCCAGAGUCUUGACAAGUUCCUGCUUUUUGCCCGAAGGAUGGACAUCCGUCGGAUCAGCUUCGACACCGAGGACCUGUCCGACGAUGUCAUCCCACUGGCUGACGUGCGCAGUGCUGUGGCCCUUGACUGGGACUCCCGGGAUGACCACGUGUACUGGACAGAUGUCAGCACUGACACCAUCAGCAGGGCCAAGUGGGAUGGAACAGGACAGGAGGUGGUAGUAGAUACCAGUUUGGAGAGCCCUGCAGGCCUGGCCAUUGACUGGGUCACCAACAAGUUGUACUGGACAGAUGCAGGUACAGAUCGAAUUGAGGUGGCCAAUACAGAUGGCAGCAUGAGGACAGUACUCAUCUGGGAGAACCUCGAUCGUCCUCGGGACAUAGUGGUGGAACCCAUGGGCGGGUACAUGUAUUGGACCGACUGGGGUGCAAGUCCCAAGAUUGAACGAGCUGGCAUGGAUGCCUCAGGUCGCCAGGUCAUCAUCUCUUCUAAUUUGACCUGGCCAAAUGGACUGGCCAUUGACUAUGGGUCCCAGCGGCUGUACUGGGCUGAUGCUGGCAUGAAGACGAUUGAAUUUGCUGGGCUGGAUGGCAGCAAGAGGAAGGUGCUGAUUGGAAGCCAGCUCCCCCACCCAUUUGGAUUGACUCUAUAUGGAGAGCGCAUCUAUUGGACUGACUGGCAGACCAAGAGCAUACAAAGUGCCGACCGGCUGACAGGGCUGGACCGGGAGACCCUGCAGGAGAACUUGGAGAACCUCAUGGACAUCCAUGUCUUCCACCGCCAGCGGCCUCCAGUGUCCACACCAUGUGCACUAGAGAAUGGUGGCUGCAGUCACCUGUGUCUUCGGUCUCCAAAUCCCAGUGGCUUCAGCUGUACCUGCCCCACAGGCAUCAACCUACUAUCUGAUGGCAAGACUUGUUCUUCAGGUAUGAACAGUUUCCUCAUCUUCGCCAGAAGGAUAGAUGUACGCAUGGUCUCCCUGGACAUCCCUUAUUUUGCCGAUGUGGUGGUGCCAAUCAACAUUACCAUGAAGAACACCAUUGCCAUUGGAGUGGAUCCCCAGGAAGGAAAAGUGUACUGGUCUGACAGCACGCUACACAGGAUCAGCCGCGCCAAUCUGGAUGGCUCACAGCAUGAGGACAUCAUCACCACAGGGCUACAAACCACAGAUGGGCUCGCCGUGGAUGCCAUUGGCCGUAAAGUCUACUGGACAGACACAGGCACCAAUAGGAUUGAAGUAGGCAACUUGGAUGGGUCCAUGCGGAAAGUAUUGGUGUGGCAGAACUUGGACAGCCCCCGGGCCAUUGUACUGUACCACGAGAUGGGGUUCAUGUACUGGACAGACUGGGGGGAGAACGCCAAGUUAGAACGGUCUGGAAUGGAUGGCUCAGACCGCACUGUGCUCAUCAACAACAACCUAGGCUGGCCCAAUGGACUGACUGUGGACAAGACCAGUUCCCAACUGCUAUGGGCUGAUGCCCACACUGAGCGAAUUGAGACCGCUGACCUGAAUGGUGCCAGUCGGCACACGCUGGUGUCACCUGUGCAGCACCCAUAUGGCCUCACCUUGCUUGACUCCUAUAUCUACUGGACUGACUGGCAGACCCGAAGCAUCCACCGUGCUGACAAGAGUACUGGUAGCAAUGUCAUCCUGGUGAGGUCUAACUUGCCAGGCCUCAUGGACAUCCAGGCUGUGGACCGGGCACAGCCAUUGGGUUUUAACAAGUGCGGCUCAAGAAAUGGUGGUUGCUCCCACCUCUGCCUGCCUCGGCCUUCCGGCUUCUCCUGUGCCUGUCCUACUGGCAUUCAGCUAAAGGGAGAUGAGAAGACCUGUGAUCCCUCUCCUGAGACCUACCUGCUCUUCUCCAGCCGCGGCUCUAUCCGGCGUAUCUCCCUGGACACCAAUGACCACACAGAUGUGCAUGUCCCCGUUCCUGAGCUCAACAAUGUCAUCUCGCUGGACUAUGACAGUGUGGAUGGGAAGGUCUAUUACACAGAUGUGUUCCUGGAUGUUAUCAGACGAGCAGACCUGAAUGGCAGCAACAUGGAGACAGUGAUCGGGCGUGGGCUGAAGACCACUGAUGGGCUGGCAGUGGACUGGGUGGCCAGGAACCUGUAUUGGACAGAUACAGGCCGAAAUACCAUUGAGGCAUCAAGAUUGGAUGGGUCCUGCCGCAAAGUGCUAAUCAACAACAGCCUGGAUGAGCCCCGGGCCAUUGCUGUUUUCCCCAGGAAGGGGUACCUCUUCUGGACAGACUGGGGCCACAUUGCCAAGAUUGAGCGGGCAAAUCUGGAUGGCUCUGAGCGGAAGGUCCUCAUCAACACAGACCUGGGCUGGCCCAAUGGCCUUACCUUGGAUUAUGAUACCCGCAGAAUCUACUGGGUAGAUGCACAUCUGGACCGGAUUGAGAGUGCCGACCUCAAUGGGAAGCUGCGGCAGGUCUUAGUCAGCCAUGUGUCCCAUCCCUUUGCCCUCACACAGCAGGACAGGUGGAUCUACUGGACAGACUGGCAGACCAAGUCAAUCCAGCGUGUAGACAAGUAUUCAGGCCGGAACAAGGAGACAGUGUUGGCGAAUGUGGAAGGGCUCAUGGAUAUCAUCGUAGUUUCCCCUCAACGGCAAACAGGAACCAAUGCCUGUGGGGUGAACAAUGGUGGCUGUACCCACCUCUGCUUUGCCAGAGCCUUGGACUUUGUGUGUGCCUGUCCUGAUGAGCCUGAUGGCCAGCCCUGCUCCCUUGUGCCUGGCCUAGUGCCCCCAGCUCCCAGGGCUACCAGCAUGAGUGAAAGGAGACCAGGGCUGCACAACACAUUACCUACCACCUUGCGUUCUUCCGCCUCCCAGACUCGCACAUCUCUGGAGGAGGUGGAAGGAAGAUGCUCUGAGAAGGAUGCCCGCCUGGGCCUCUGUGCACGUUCCAAUGAGGCCAUACCUGCUGCUCCAGGGGAAGGACUCCAUGUCAGCUAUGUCAUUGGCGGACUCCUCAGUAUUCUGCUGAUUUUGUUGGUGAUUGCAGCUUUGAUGCUGUACAGACACAAAAAAUCGAAGUUCACUGACCCUGGAAUGGGAAACCUGACUUACAGCAACCCCUCCUACAGAACUUCCACUCAGGAAGUGAAAAUUGAAGCUGUCCCCAAACCAGCCAUGUACAAUCAACUGUGCUAUAAGAAAGAGGGUGGGCCUGACCAUAACUACACCAAGGAGAAGAUCAAGAUUGUGGAGGGAAUCUGCCUUCUGUCUGGGGAUGAUGCUGAGUGGGAUGACCUCAAGCAACUGCGCAGCUUGCGGGGCAGCCUUCUGAGGGAUCACGUGUGCAUGAAGACGGACACAGUGUCCAUCCAGGCUAGCUCUGGCUCCCUGGAUGACACGGAGACAGAGCAGUUGUUGCAGGAAGAGCAAUCUGAGUGUAGCAGUGUCCAUACUGCCGCUACUGCAGAAAGACGGGGCUCUCUGCCAGACACGGGCUGGAAACAUGAACGCAAGCUCUCCUCUGAGAGCCAGGUCUAAAUGCCCGUGUUCCUUCCCUUCCUGCCUGUUCCUUCUCCUUUAUGGACUUCCAGUCCUUGUGCUCACUUAUACAACAGGCUCUCUUCCUAUGUGCUCAUCCUCCUCCUCCUCCCACCUCAUAACCACUCCCAAGCCCUCCACGGGAGUUGUUCCCACCUGAGUCCAUAACUACCUGUGCACAAGAAAUGAUGUUUGUGGAUGUUACCACAAACCUUGCCUCUUGCACCCAGUCCUGGGCCCCCUGGAAUUGGGCUCCAGAAUGAUUCCUUGGAAGUGCAGAAGUCGCCCAACCCACAGCCCCCAACGCCUGCCCCACAACAGCUGACGAUGCAAGACUGUACUCUCCCCUGUCAAAACUGGCAUGACUGCUUCUCCGAGGUCUUGCUCACUAGGGGCUGGGGCAGGGGCUUGUAGGUAAAGAAACGGGUGGAGGACAGAAGCUGAGAGAAGGAAAAGUCAGCCCAGCUGGUAUGGGCAUCUGGGAAAACUCCAGCCUCAAGGGUCUUGGUAACAUGAGGGGUUUGGGGGGUAGUUGGGUCUGAGUGUCCACUGCUGGCAGUGGAUGUCAUUCUCACCCUCAGAGUCAUUAUUUUUUCAGCUGCAGAGAUACUAGUGAGAUCUGGGGGUGACUCAAGCUGUCCUUCCUUCUACUAGAAUGUCUAGAGCCUUCUCUACCUUCAGAUGACUGGGAGUCCCUAUCACAUGGCUACAAACUAAUAAGAAUUUCCUCCUGGUGCCACCACUGGCCAGCACCUUUCCUAGCUCUUUUAAGUAACCACGUUAUGGGCCAGUGGCCUCAGUGAAUGUUGAGGCCCUGGAUGACACAGAGUCCCUGCCGAAUCCCUACAAGGUCUGUUUAAGAAGCUCUGCCUAGACCAAACCCAGCAUACCACCUGAACUUUAAUAUUCUACCCCUCUCUCCCUCAUUCUCUGGGAUUCUGAGGAAACCUGUCUUUCAAAGAAGGGCCAGAAGUUUCCACAAAUGGUUAGAAAGAGCGAUUGGGUUAGAGACUUGGGACAUCCAGGGCCUAAAAGGAAACAUUCAUGAGGUUGAACCUCCUGUGUUCUCUCUCAAGUGCUCAGGGAUCUAAGGUAGUGGACAGAGAAGCUGUGUCUACGAUGUGGUGAGGUUCCUGUUCCAACCCUCUCCUCAGCUAAGUGACUUACUUUCCUUGCUGAGGUGCCAUCACUUGAUUCAUGCUUAUACACACAAAGGGCAUGUAUCUCAGCUCAUAUCAGGGGAGUUGAGGCCUUUUCCGCCCUGGAACUUCUACCUAGCUCUUCCACACUUUGUUGCCUAAUUCGCUUUUUUCUGACCCAGCCUUGUGAUACCAGCAAUCUCCAAAGUCCUGUGGUGAGGAGGGCUAAAUAGAGAUGCACAAGAGUGAGCAAAGAGUAGAAGGGUAGAGAGAACCACUGUUGAAGCCCCUCAGCCCUAGAGCAGACCCAGGCCUCUUCUACCCAGGAAUUAGAGAUGGCGAGAGGAUGACUGGGGCUUAAAACAGAGGGGAGGACUUCUAGGGAAGGCUUCUGGAUUUGAAACAUCUCCCGUGGUUGUUAGUAUUGAGAAAACAGCUGCCAAACGUGGGUGAAAUAGGAAGACAAAAUCCAGCCUUUUUUAGUCAGUUCUAAGACUGCUAGAGACGAUGCUACACCCUUAGCCCUACCCUCAGUAGCCAUCCCCAGAUCUGGGCCAAGAAAGCUCUUCCCGGCACAUAGUGGGAAAGGUAAGGUGCCACUUCCGGGAGGAAAGGGGGACAUUUCACACUUGACGGGGCAGUAAGAGGAGCACUUUAGGUCCUGAGACUCAUGGUUGGGAAGGAGAAAGAAAAGCGGCAUUUUCUUGACUGGAAAGGGGGAAGGAUCUUAUUGCACUUGGGCUGUUCAGAAUGUAGGAAGGACAUAUUUGAGGAGUUAUCUAUUUGAGCACUGAUUUACUAUGUAAAAAGCAAAAUCUGUCCUAAGCUAAUGGAAGUGAUUCUCCCGCACUCAUGUGUAAUGGUUUUAACGUUACUCACUGGAGAGAUUGGACUUUCUGGAGUUAUUUAACCACUAUGUUCAGUAUUUUAGGACUUCAUGAUAAUUUAAUAUAAAUUUAGCUUUACUUAAUCACCUUGCCUGGCUUGGAGUCAUAACUAAUAUUGCACCUGCUCUGUCUGACAGACCCAUGUUCUGGAAAUCUGCUUGCAGACAUCACCUCUGAGUCCUUUGGGGCUGUGGGGACCGUAAAGAGCAAUAAAGGGUGGGAGGUUCCCAGCUGGAGGUUCAGCUCAUCUUGAGAAGACAGGUCAAGACCAGAGUUCACUAGGAAAUCCUUAUUUCCUCUAGAGGUGGGAUGGAAGACAGGUUUCAUCUUGAAUGACAACUUUUUUUUUGGUGGAGGGCUGCCUAAGGUCCUCUCUGGACUCAAUGGGAAAAGUGUCAUGGUCAUUACUGAUGUUUCCCUCAGGCUCCAGUAGGACAUGUCAUGGCAUGUGUACUAUGUAUCUUCUAUCUCUGUUCUAGGUCUAUGAAGACUUCAGUGUCACACUUUGCAGUGAUGAUCACUGGCAAGGCUGUCUACCGUAGUAAGAAAAGUACUGGAAUGGGGACAAAGACAGCUAAUUUCAGCCCCAGCUCUGCCACUAGCUCUAUUUGAUCUUAGUCAAGUUUCAUAGUUAUUCUGUGAAUGGAUCAAGUGAAUACUGUCUCCUCUUCUUUUAAAAAGCUGUCUCCUCAUGUCUCAUCCACUGCAUUUCAAGGCUAGAACAAGGAGUUGGGGAUUCCUGCUCAGGUUCUCUGGAUGUAAUACCUCUCAAGAAAGAUUGAGAAUCACACAAGUUUCAAUGCGAGAUGUAGAAUUUGGUGUCAAGGCUCAGUAGUUGAUUUUCUAAACUACAAACCGUUUAUAGAAUAAUUCCUCCAUUCAUUCAUUCAUUCAUCUCCUAUUAUGGGCCAGACACUACCCAAGUGUGAACAAGAAAGAUAUAGUUACACAAAGCUUAGAGUCUGGUAAUACCCAUUACCCCUCCACACAAAAAAAAAAGAAAA